AUGAGCAGGCCAACUUCCAACCUGCAGGAGAAAGGAGGCUCCUCAGGUUCGACCUCCGCUGACCUGCGUACGCGGCGUUUUUUUCUGUAUCGCAAGAAGCCCUGGCCGCUCCGCUACGAUGUCUGGCCCUUUGCACUCCUUGUUGGCGCGUGUGCUGUUCUGGUCUUCAACGACCUCGCCUACCGCGAAGACGUGCUUCCAGUGUCUCCAACAUCCCCUAGGCCACCUCCUGAGUCGGCCAGCACACUAGGCGACGCAGCUUCCUCAGACACAGCAGCGGACCCGCGAGAGGCGCUGGAAGAGGAUACACGCAACCCGCAGCCUGCCGAGAGAAUACCCGCGGAGGCUGGAAUCCCGCCGUCUGCCAGCUCGGGUGCAUCUGAUCCGCAGUACGAUGAAAUUGAUGCUUCUACGUCAUCGUCCACAGAGGCGCCAAAGACGAUCGAAGAGCUCUUCCCGACUCUGGCGUGGUUGUUUUCGUCAGUGUAUUUCCUGUACUGCCUUUUGUGGGCUUUUCUCGGAGGUCUCUUGCAUCUCAGCACCCACUGGUUCGUGGCCUUGGAUUGCCUCGUUGGCCACACUCGCACGUCGUCAGUAGACGAAGCGACUGAUGUUCUCGUCAUUCCUCCCGGGGGUAAGCCGCUGGAAAGACGAACGCUGUGCCCCCUGAUUCGGCGACCAGACCAGGCUUUCUUCUUUUACCGUAAAAAGAAGUUCAUGUUUGUUCCCGCCACAAGCUCUUUCGAGCCCCUCCGUUUCCCGAAAAGUCAGCCUCUGUCUGAGUAUCUCAAAUGGAAGGGACUCGAAGCAGCUCCACAGUCCAGUCCCCAGCCUCUUCCGCCCACUUCCGUGAAGCUGGCCUCGGAACUGCAAUGCGCGCCUGUCGAAAAAACGCUCUCCCCCCGGUGGGAUCCUUCAGAGGAUAUCUCCGUCCAGGCUGUGCAGGCGAAAUACGGUUUGAACGACUAUGACAUCCCUAUCCCGACGUUCCAAGAACUGCUCAAGGAGCACGCGGUCUCGCCCUUCUUCGUGUUUCAAAUGUGCUGCGUUUUCCUCUGGCUGAUUGACGAAUACUGGCAAUACAGUCUCCUCACUCUGGUGAUGCUCGUCCUGCUGGAGUGCCAAAUGGUGAAGAAACGCCUGAAAGAUUUCCAGCAGCUCCGGGCCAUGCGCAUUCCUCCCCGCCCCGUCCAUGUCUUCCGGUCGGGCUCCUGGGUUCCCAUCCGCUCGGAUUUCCUUCUCCCCGGGGAUGUCUUCGCCAUCACUGGAUCGAGCAAACCGGACGCCGCUGUAUGCCCCGUGGAUGCUCUCCUCCUUCAGGGCUCUGCCGUCGUCAAUGAGGCAACUCUCACAGAGACCCAGGACGCGUUUGCGGUGUGUGCUGACGGUUCUAUCACCCCAGGCGAGUCGAUUCCCCAGACUAAGGGUAAGCUCGUGCGGACGAUUCUCUAUUGUCACGGUCGCGUGACGGUGGCGAGUCGCGAGGCGUGGCUGUUUUUGGGGCUUCUUCUCGUUCUCGCGCUGUGCGCGUCCGCCUACGUUCUCCGAGAAGGCAUUCAAAACGCGGACCGGUCUCGAUUCAAGCUCUUUCUCUCCUGCUCCCACAUCGUCAUGGCUGUCGUCCCUGCGGAGUUCCCCAUCACGCUCUCCCUCGCAGUGACCAUGUCGCUGCUGCUUCUCUUCACUCAGCAGAUUUUCUGCACCGAACCGUUCCGAGUGCCCUACGCCGGUCAGGUCGAUGUGUGUGCCUUCGACAAAACGGGAACUCUGACCUCGGAUUCCAUGCGCGUGAAAGGCGUCUACGGUGUACAGACAGGCGGACAGGAGCCGAAGCAGUCGGCAACCGCCGGAGGAACAGACCUCGGCAACGCUGAAGAGGACACCCUCGUCACGCAGGUUCUGCCCUUUGAUACCGUGGCAGUUAUGGGCGCUUGCCACGCCUUGGCAGUCGUCGAUGGACACCUCUUGGGAGAUCCCCUGGAGAAGGCGGCCUUCUCCGCGGUUGGAUGGACGCUCACUUCGCCUGACUGCGUCGUGUCUGCUCCCCGCCCGUGGCCGCUGCCUACGAGCUCGACAUUUCAGCAGGACCGCAUCUCCAUUCUUCGUCGCUUCCCGUUUUCUUCUGUCCUCCAAAGAAUGACCGUUGUGGCGCGUGUGGACGGCCCGCGGAUGCCGUGGCACGGCGCCUGUGCCGCGUCGAAAAGCGUGCAGGCGUUUCUGGGAAAUCCGCCAAAGGACCGAACCCCAGACGCGGGGUAUGCGGACUUUGUCGCCUCAAAGGGAUCCCCUGAAAUGAUCAAGAAGCUCCUCAAAGAUGUCCCUUCUUUCUACGACGCGUUGUACACUGGUUUUUGCAUGAAGGGUUACCGGGUACUCGCUCUCGCGUACAAGCAAGUGGAGCCUGGUGCCUCGCAUGCGCAGCGGUCGGAUCUGGAGAAGAACCUUUCCUUUGCAGGUUUCUUGGUGGUGACAUGCCCGAUCAAGAAAGGCACGAAAUCCGACAUCGACGUCGUUUCGAGGGCCGGGCAUCGCGCCAUCAUGAUUACGGGCGACAGUCCCCUGACGGCGUGUCAAGUGGCUGCAGACGUGGGGAUUUUCCGAGAGGAGUCUGCGUCUUCUCGAGACGCGAGCGAGAAGAACGCCGGCGCGGAGACGGAGAGCGACGCGGAGACCCAUUCAGUUUCACGGCCCAUUCUCAUUUUGAAGUGUGGAGACCGACGCCGGGGUGCUUCGCUACCAAGCGGCGAAGCUGAGAACGCGCCUCCUGUCGCGGACGGCCUCCGCCAGCGGCGCGCUCCGCCGACGGCUCCGAGCGCGCUCGCGUCUUCCUCGCCUGCGUCGGCGCUGCCGCCCGCUUUGGAACAUUUCUUCUGGGAGAGUCGAGACGGCCGGCAGAGUAUCCCGUUGCUCGCCUUCCUGGCCGCCACUCCCAGCCCCGGCCAGGACGUUUCUUCCGCGUCUUCGCGGCCUCGGUGGACGGGGUUGGAGCGGCUCGCCGAGGAGUUCCACUUGUGCCUGACGGGGCCGGUGAUCUCUGCGCUCCUGGACGCGUUUGGGGCGGUCUCGGUCAGCGAGCACGUCGAGGUGUUGCAGCCACUGCUGCCGUUUGUCGGCGUCUUUGCGCGGAUGUCUCCGCAGCAGAAAGAACUGGUUCUGAUUGCCCUGAAUGCCUCGGGACUGACCACGCUGAUGUGCGGGGACGGGACGAACGACGUGGGGGCUCUCAAAGCCGCCCACGUGGGCGUCUCGCUGCUCUGUCAGGAGGCGAGCUCGACUCGGGGCAGCUGCAGUCGCCCGGAGCGGGGCGACCAGGAGGCCAAGAAGGGCGGCGCGGUCGGCGGCGGCGGCGCGCUUGUCCCUGGCAGCCCACACGCGGCCAGCGUUUCUCCGCUUGGCGGCAGACCCGGAGUCGCGAGCAAGAAAGAGUUGGAGCGGCGGAUGGCAGAAAUGUGGGAGCAGCUGGACGACGGCCCGCCGCUCGUGCGUCUGGGCGACGCGUCCAUUGCCUCACCCUUCACCUUCAAAGGCGAUUCGAUUCGGUGCGUGCCGCUGAUUCUGCGGUCGGGGCGAGCGACGCUGGUCACCGUCAUCAUGAUGUACAAGCUGAUGGCUUUGAACUCGACGAUCACCGCGUUCGCUCUCUCCGUCCUCACGCUCGACGGAGUCAAGCUGGGCGACCUGCAAACCAUCCUCGAGAACCUGCUGUGCACGCUGCUCACUCUGAUGAUCUCAAAGACGCGCCCGUCCGUCGAGAUGGGCUCCUGUCGCCCGAUUGCCUCGAUCUUUCACCCGCUGGUCUUCCUCUCCCUCGCCCUCCAGGCGGCGCUCCACACCUACACUUUGUACUCCGCCUGGGACCUGGCCAAGGCGUUUCGCGCGCCCGACUAUACGCCGAAUCUGGACGGCCACUUCGAGCCGAACCUGGUGAACUCCGUGGUGUUUCUCCUCAUCGCCUCGAUGCAUGCGUCCACGUUCCUCAGCAACUACGAAGGCGCCCCGUUCAUGGUCCCUCUCGUUGAGAACAGGCCGCUCGUCGUCACGCUCGGUUUCCUCAUCGCCACGCUCCUGACGCUGGUCUUCGAGUUGGUGCCCAGCCUGAACGAAACCCUGUCUCUGGUCCCCUUCCCCAACGGCGCAUUCAAACGGCAAAUCGUCGGUCUCGUCUUCCUCGACUUGGGCGGCGCGUGGCUCGUCGCCUGGAUCCUCAGAAGGAUCGGCUGGGCGUGGGCGCAGCGCAGCGCGCGCAGAGCUCGGCCUCUCUGA